AGCCGAAAGGAUCACAAGCCGCCAUGUGGCUGCUCCGGCUUCCGGGCCCUCUCCUUGGGAUAAACUGCCGUUCCGCUGCUCGCCAGAUAAGAAAAGCACACCGGUCUUGCCGGGAGGAGUUGGAAACAAAAUCAGGAGCAAAACUUCAAAAGCAAAUAUGCCAAGUUGUCCUCAAUCAUUUUGAGAAACAGUACUGCAAGGAGUUGGGAGAAGCAUGGAAUUCAGUCAGGAGAGUGCUGACUUCACCUCAGUGUUGGCAAUAUGCUGUCCUCCUUAAUCCAUUCUGUUUUUCCUCUGAAGUGGAGAAUGACUUGCUUUCAAAGGGUUAUCGGCUUCUUUUCCCAGAAUCCUUGUCCUGUUUUCGGCAGUCAUUCAAGUGUUACAUCCCUAGCAUUCCUGGUAGAUUCCCUGCUCAGAAACACAGAGCUGGCAGACUGAAGGAAUAUUAUCUACUGAAUGCGGCUUCUAUUUUGGCAGUGAUGGCCCUCGAUAUAGAGAAUGAGGAGAAGGUUUUGGAUAUGUGUGCUGCUCCAGGGGGUAAAUCGAUAGUGACACUUCAGUAUGCUUGCCCAGGUCUUCUGCAGUCCAAUGAAUAUGAUAAUUUGAGGUCAAAUUGGCUGAGGAAUACACUAGAAUCUUUCAUCCCAGAAUCUUUGAUGAAUCUAGUUAUCAUUUCUCAGUUGGAUGGAAGACAAAUUGGAAAUCUCCAACCUGAAAGAUUUGAUAAGAUACUAGUAGAUGCCCCGUGCUCAAACGACAGAAGCUGGUUAUUCUCCUCUGAUAUUCAGCAGGCCACUGCAAGGUUAGCACGAAGGAAAGAAUUGUCUUCUGUACAGAUACAGCUGCUGAGGUCAGCAAUCAAGGCCUUACGCCCUGGAGGAUCUCUGGUUUAUUCCACGUGCACUCUUUCUAAGGCAGAGAACAGUGACAUGAUAACUCACACCCUUAACACCUGCAACAAUGUUCUGCCUGUGGAUAUAAGCACCCUAGCCAGAGCUGUAUCCAAAGAAUUCUCUCUUUCUUCAGAUCUCCAGCAGCAUGAAUUUCUCAUACUUCCAGAAAUGGGAAAAGCAUGGGGCCCCAUGUACAUAUCUAAACUAAAGAAAAUAUGAUUCAUGUGGUUUCUUGUGUGAUUUCAGUAAGUCAUACUGACUUUGAAGGGGAUACAAUUUUUAACAUUGAAGGCUAAAUAUGUCACUGGAGUAAAAUAAUUUAAAAUUAUUUAUUUAUUUAGCAAUUAGCAUUUUACCUACUAAUUUUCAUAAUGUAAUUUGAACAUUUGAAAAACUUGUUUCCUUUGCAGUUUUUUUGGUACAAAUGAUAUUUUAAAGGAAAAUAAAUUCCUGAAAUGCUUGUUUAUCUACCAGAGUGGUUGAAACUGAUUGGCAAAAAAGAGUGGGAAUCCCUGCUACAGCGGUCAGAAUCAUUUUGAGAGCUGUGAUAUAAGCAGCUGUAAAUGCACUCUGCCAGUAUAAAAGUUUCAAAUGUAUGCUGCAUAUGAGUACUGGUAAGAUAUUAUAGGUACUUGUUUUCAUCAUUCAGAUAAUAAUAAUUACUUUCAGGUUGUUUUUUGCGACUAUGCAAAUUCUAAAUGAAGAUAUUGGUUUUUUAAGGGAAACUGCAUUCAUUUGAAAAAGUUAUAUUGUCUGUGUCCUGUCACAGACUAUUCUGUCUUUAUAGAGCUGUCAUUGAAUUAUGCCAUUUGAGUGCCAGGUAAGGAGGAUCUUGUGUUCUCAAUAACUGCUGACAACCACAGAACUCUUUUCUGCUCAAGAUGCACUUGAAAUUGGGCCUAAGUGUUUCACACGAAGUGCUUUUAAUACUAGCUUUGAUGAGUUUCCUUGUUUAAAAAACCAUGUGCAUGUAUUGCAUUUUGAACGCAGUGUAGUAUUUUAGCUGACUAUCUAAACUGGUUAGCACAAGAACUGAUGUUUUCUGUGAUGCCUGUUUCUGGUAUAUUUAUGCAGAAAUAUGCAACUGUUACAGGGUUAAUAAUCUGACAGGGAAUUUGAGUAUCCUGAAGGUCCUUAAUUUCAAAUUUAGACUUAAGCAGACUUAAACUCUGAGUUGGGCUGUGGGUAAUGCUCAAUCUCUGCAUAAACAUAUGAUAGAAUCAU